CGGAAGUGUGCGGAGCCGCUGACCCUCAGCAGCAGCAGAUUAACGACUGAUCGAAGGAGCUGCUUCUCCAACAUGGCCGACCUCUGGCAGAACGCCAUGGACCACGCUGUCGCCGCCGCACGCAGAGCCGGGGAGGUGGUGCGUGAGGCUCUGCUGGACGACAGGAAGGUGAUGACAAAGAGUUCGUCUGUUGAUUUGGUGACACAAACCGACCAGAAGGUGGAGCAACUCAUCAUCCAAUCAGUGAAGGAGAAAUUCCCCACUCACAGAUUCAUAGGGGAGGAGUCUGUGGCUGCAGGUGAAGCUUGUGUCCUGACUGACAGUCCCACCUGGAUCAUCGACCCCAUCGACGGGACCACCAACUUUGUUCAUGCAUUUCCUUUUGUUGCUGUUUCCAUUGGAUUCUGUGUCAACAAGCAGAUGGAGUUUGGUGUGGUUUACAGUUGUCUUGAGGACAAGAUGUUCACAGCGAGGAGAGGGAAGGGAGCAUUCUGUAAUGGAGAGCCACUCCAGGUUUCUGAUCAGGAAGACAUUAAACAGUCGAUCAUCGCCACAGAGUUUGGAUCCAGCAGAGAUCCUGAAGUUGUCAACAAAAUCUUCUCAAGCCUGAGGAACGUCCUCUGCAUUCCUGUACAUGGUGUACGCGGUGCAGGAACCGCAGCAAUCAACAUGUGUCUGGUGGCGUCUGGUUGCGUUGAAGCAUAUUAUGAGAUUGGGAUCCACAUUUGGGACGUUGCUGCCGGCUCACUGAUCGUCUCUGAGGCCGGAGGAGUCCUGGUGGACGUUGAAGGAGGGGCGGUGGACCUGAUGUCCAGAAGAAUCGUUGCUGCCAACAGGAGAACCAUCGCUGAGAGGAUCAUCAAAGAGAUCGACUCCUUCAGUCCGUCCAGAGACGACGCUCCAUCACCAAUCAAACAGUGAAUUCUAGAUUAAACAAUAGAUUUUAUGUGUGAAGUUUGUAAAGUUUUUGAUAAAUAAAGUGUGUCAUGAAAACAAAUACACAUCUGGGUUUG